AUUGGCUUGUAAAUCGCUAUGAACAAAUAUAUAAAAAAUUUACCUAUAAAUUAAUGUUUUAACUUAUUAGGGAAUAUGGACAACCGAUGAGUCUCUCGGAGUACAGCCACAGCCAUAGCCCCAGAGCUAAGCUCAGGUAAAGCCUAUAAACUAACAUGCCGUGCCAGCAUUUCAUUUCAGAACAGAAGUUCAGAGAGAGAGAGAGAGAGAGAGAGAGAGAGAGAGAGAGAGAGAGAGAGAGCUCAUCUCUUCUCUGAAUUAUCGGCAAUGGAGGUGGAGUCAGCGGAGUGCGAGUGCUGCGAGCUGAGGGAGGAGUGCACCAGGGGGUACAUCCUCGGCGUGAAGGCCGACUUCGGCGGGCGGUGGCUGUGCGGCCUCUGCUCGGAGGCGGUGAGGGACGAGGCGGCCAAGCUUGGGAGGAACAGAGGCGGCGGCGGAAUGGAGGAGGCUGUGAGGGAUCACAUGUCCUUCUGCGGCAAGUGCAGGAAGAACCCGGCCUUCCGGGUAGCCGACGGCAUGCGCCAGAUGCUGCUCCGCCGGCGAUCAAAGUGAUGACACAUAUUGACAUUGCACUUGCAUUUGCGUCAAUGCGUGAUGUUUUACCGGCAAUUGAUCAUCAUCAUUAUCAUCAUCUUCUUCUUCAUCUUCAUCUUGUAAUCGAGUUCUGAGCAAGAAGACAUGAGCAGGUCGUCAGUAUCUCUGAGCUAGAGUUCAUUCAAGUAAAAUGUAAUUAGUGUAAUAAUCUAGCUAGAUUGACUGUCAGUCCUGCCUGAGCUAGCAGUUGAAGGUUAUUUUUUGCUGAUGAUGGAGCAAAACUGGAAGUGGAUAGAACUUACACGGUGGAGGAUUAGUAGAGGGUUGAUGUAGAACUCUUCGUUUAGAGGAUGUGAUCGAAAAUGUGAUCAAGUACUCAUUGUUCUAUGUCUUGCAACGAAUUGCCAUUUCUCUCUGAAAUCACAGAAAGUUCUGCUCUUUUGGCUCA